UUAGCUCAAGCCUGUUGCUCCAACUGCGCAAGCGCCGGAGGCUGCGGCGCGCUGGGGCUAGGAGAAAGCUGGGGUGGCGGACUAGAGCUGGUAGAGCGGCUGCGGUUCCGGGGCGGGGCCUUCCGGAAGGGGCCGAGUCCGAGAACUCGAGCGGCGGCGGCAGCGAUGGCGAUUUUUAGUGUGUAUGUGGUGAACAAAGCUGGAGGCCUGAUUUACCAGCUGGACAGCUACGCGCCACGGUCUGAGGCUGAGAAAACGUUCAGUUACCCGCUGGACCUGCUGCUCAAGCUACACGAUGAGCGUGUGCUGGUUGCCUUUGGCCAGCGCGACGGCAUCCGGGUGGGCCACGCAGUGCUGGCCAUCAAUGGCAUAGACGUGAACGGCAAGUACACAGCCGACGGGAAAGAGGUGCUGGAGUAUCUGGGUAACCCUGCUAAUUACCCGGUGUCCAUUCGAUUUGGCCGGCCCCGCCUCACCUCUAAUGAGAAGCUCAUGCUGGCUUCCAUGUUCCACUCGCUCUUUGCCAUCGGCUCCCAACUGUCUCCUGAACAAGGAAGCUCAGGCAUUGAGAUGCUAGAGACGGACACAUUCAAACUACACUGCUUCCAGACGCUGACAGGGAUCAAGUUUGUGGUACUGGCAGAUCCUAGGCAAGCUGGAAUAGAUUCUCUUCUCCGAAAGAUUUAUGAGAUUUAUUCAGACUAUGCCCUCAAGAAUCCAUUCUACUCCCUGGAAAUGCCCAUAAGGUGUGAACUAUUUGACCAGAACUUGAAGCUAGCCCUGGAGGUGGCAGAGAAGGCUGGGACUUUUGGACCUGGGUCAUAGGCCAAACCUGCAAUGGAUCCCCAAAUCCAAUGGAU